AUGGGAACCAACUUCAACCUAGCUGUUUCUUGGGUACCCUGCAUCGUGGGUCUCCUUUUCAGCGGCAAUGGAAACUGGUGGUGCGGUGGCUCGAUCAUCAACACCUGGGUUCUGACCGCCGCUCACUGCACCAACGGAGCCAAUGGAGUGACGAUCAACUACGGAGCCAGUCUGCGCAACCAGCCCCAGUACACCCACUGGGUUGGAAGCGGAAACUUCGUCCAGCACCACCACUACAACAGCGGCAACCUGCACAACGACAUCUCCCUGAUCCGCACCCCGCACGUCGACUUCUGGCACCUGGUCAACAAGGUGGAGCUGCCCAGCUUCAACGACCGCUACCAGGACUACGCUGGAUGGUGGGCCGUGGCCUCCGGAUGGGGCGGCACCUACGAUGGCAGCCCACUGCCCGACUGGCUCCAGGCCGUCGAUGUCCAGAUCAUGUCCCAGGGUGAUUGCAGCCGCACUUGGUCUCUCCACGACAACAUGAUUUGCAUCAACACCAACGGCGGAAAGUCCACCUGCGGAGGUGACUCCGGUGGUCCCCUGGUCACACACGAGGGCAACCGCCUGGUCGGAGUGACCUCUUUCGUCUCCUCCGCCGGCUGCCAGUCUGGUGCUCCCGCUGUCUUCAGCCGUGUCACCGGAUACUUGGACUGGAUCCGCGACAACACCGGCAUCUCGUACUAAGUGAUUGAGCAGUAUCGAAUUUAGCAAAAUU